GAAGGCUGAUUGUGUUCACCCCAAACUGAUGACGUCACGCGUAGUUACAGAGCAGUCAUAUUGUGUAGUGUGAAAUUCUUUCACUAUUGAAUCAUGGGUUUACUCUCCCUACUGCGUAAGUUGAGAUCCAACCCAGAUCUAGAACUCAGGAUCCUACUCCUUGGACUUGACAAUGCUGGCAAAACCACACUGUUAAAAGUUUUAGCGUCAGAAGAUAUAACACACAUAACACCAACUCAGGGCUUUAAUAUAAAAUCCGUGCAAUCUAAAGGGUUUAAGUUGAAUGUUUGGGAUAUUGGAGGACAGCGACGUAUUCGACCUUACUGGAAAAACUAUUUUGAAAACACUGACCUACUUAUUUAUGUGAUUGACAGUUCAGACAGAAAAAGAUUUGACGAGACAGGAGAGGAACUGACAGAAUUAUUAGAAGAAGAGAAAUUGGCUGGUGUUCCGGUCUUGAUUUUUGCCAACAAACAAGAUCUCAUGACGGCAGCUAAAGCUAGUGAGAUUGCAGAGGGCUUAAACCUCAAUUCCAUCAGAGAUAGGGAGUGGCAGAUUCAAGCAUGUUCAGCUGUGUCAGGAGAGGGUGUUAAGGAAGGUAUAGAAUGGAUGACAAAAACAUGCAACAACAGAAAGAAAUGAUUCAGGCUUAACACGUGUUUGCUAAAUGAAAAUAUGCUGGCAAUAUUCAUCUGCAGUUAUGUUUAUCCAAUCAAAAUUUAACAUUUUUUUUUCACAUCACCAACAAUUAAUCUCAUUGCAAUUAUUUUCUUUUAGGGGGACCUAAAACAUUGUAAUCCAAACUAAAAUGGGUUGUAAAAUAAAACUGUAAGCUAGAUACUCAACUGUCAUGAAGUAAGCCUUAUCGUUUCAGUUGACAUUAAUCAUAAAUUACAAUUGAUAGGAUAUUUUUUAGAGGUAACAGUAAAAUCUGGUCACUUAACUGGCCUAAAUUUAGCACAUCCUGCCAGUUAUUGCUACAUCCUAAAUUGGCAUCUUUUGGAUCAAUGCACAGGUAUGACUUUAAAACAAGUUUUUUAUUUUUAACUUUAAUGUAUCUGGUAUUUUUUUAUCUAACUGUUUAUUUAUGUGUGUGCUAAACACGUUUGAUCUCUGAGGAACAAAUACAUUUUAAAAAAUGGAAGUGUGAAAGUUCUACAGAUGGGUAUGCCAGGUUGUCCAAACUUUUUGUUACAUAUUUGUGUUGUAGCUGUAUCAAAGGUCAGCUUUUUAAGUCGUAACUUACAUUUGUAUUUGUGGUCAACCCAAUGCUUGGUUAUAUUUUCUCAUUAAGCUAAACUAAGAAGAUCAGUUAAUCCAAUUUAGGCCUAUGUACUGAAACCUAACUAAUAACCAUCCAAUACUUAAUUUUUUAAAUUUUGUCUACUUACAUGUUUUGCCAUCAAAAUGUAACAAGUUGUGGUCAAAAUAUUGAGAUAGAAGUAGGCUUAAAUCUAUGAAAUACAAUAGGCAUUUUUCUAAAAGUACUGUUUAAGUCUGAUGUUUAUUUUUCACCACCAGAGAUUUAGUGCUGGGAGGUUGAUUUGUUGAAAAGCCAGCUGUACAGUAUAGCUGCUUUGUUGUUAUAAAGCUGAUAUUUUGGUCUUUAACAUGUCAGUACAUAAGAAAAUAUCACAAAUUUCUUAUUCAUUUCUUUAAGCUUUUUGGAGAGUUGUAUUAAGCCGCAACUUAUUCCUUUUUUUUAUAUAGGUUUUAAUUCCCUGCCUAGUUAAACUAAAUAGCCCUUGGCACAGCUUUUGAUAUUCGUGUUGUU